AUGAAAAUAAAAGUUUGGGUUGGGAAAAGACGCGGGGCGGCAAACUAUCCUUGCCUACCCUUUGUUCCCCGGUUUUUGGUCAUCCUUCCGUGUUGUUCGAACCGAAAAUUUCGAACACACACACACACACACAUAUACAUAUAUAAAUAUACAAGUAUCCUGAUUCUCCUUGCUUUCUGUUCACAGGGGAACAAUCCAAAAAACGGGUGCCCGGUGUGCGAGAAACACUGUCCGCAAAGACUGACCAAGCAGGAUGAAUACCUCUGUUGGAACCAGCAACACUGCCAACGAAUCUGCGACCGGAAGUGCGAGAACAACGCGUGCGACGAGAGCGGGAAUUGUUGCCACCCGUCGUGCCUGGGCACGUGCAGCGGGCCCACGAAUCGGGACUGCACGGUGUGCAAGGACGUGGUGACGGCCGAGUCGGAGUGCAGGGAGCGGUGCCCGAACGGUAGCCUCGAGUUCAUGAAUCACCGUUGCAUCGACGAGGAGAGGUGUCUGCGCAUGGAGAAGCCGAGGGAGGUGUUGAAGAACGUGAAGAACUUCCCCUACAAGCCUUUCAACGGGAGCUGCGUGAUGGAGUGCCCGCCCGGCUACAUGGACGACGAGUGGAACGGCAGGGUGUCGUGCAAGAAGUGCGAGGGAUCGUGCCAGAAGGAGUGCGCCGGGGCGAACGUGGACAGCAUCGCCUCGGCCCAGAAGCUGCGCGGCUGCACCCACAUCACGGGCAGCCUCGAGAUCCAGAUACGGGGCGGGAAGAACAUCGUGAAGGAGUUGGAGGACGGGCUGAGCACGAUAGAGGAGAUCGACGGUUACCUGAAGAUCGUGCGCAGCUUCCCCCUCAUCUCGCUCAACUUUCUCAAGAAUCUUCGGGUGAUACGGGGGAACGACAUCGACAACUCCAAGUACACCCUCCUCGUGAUGGACAAUCAGAAUCUGCAGGAGCUGUGGGACUGGAGCUUGCACAAGGAGAUGAGGAUAUUGUCGAAGGACGGGCCCGGCAAGAUAUUCUUCCACCUGAAUCCGAAACUGUGCCUCUACAAGAUCGAGAUGCUGAGGGAGAAGGCGGGGCUGGGCCCGUUCACGGACUACGAGGUGGCGCCGAACAGCAACGGGGACAAGGUGGCGUGCAACGUGACCGAGUUGAAGACCCGGGGCAAGAAGUCGCCGUGGGGCGCGGUGAUCGAGUGGGAGCCGUUCGUCCACCACGACGCCAGAUCCCUGCUCGGCUACGUGGUGUACUUCAUCGAGGCGCCCAACAGGAACGUGACCAUGUACGACGGGAGGGACGCUUGCGGCGGGGACGGUUGGAAGGUGGACGACGUGUCGGCGAGCACCAACUCGAGCCUGAUGGACAACAGGCAGGAGAAGAGCGUGCACACCCACUACUUGUCCCAGCUGAAGCCGUACACCCAGUACGCGUAUUACGUGAAGACUUACACGAUCGCGACCGAGAGGUCCGGGGCGCAGAGCAACCUCACCUACUUCAGAACGAUGCCCGAGGCGCCCAGCUCGCCCAGAUCCCUCAUCACCUGGAGCAACUCGAGCAGCGAGUUGAUCAUGUCCUGGCUACCGCCCCUCCACAACAACGGCAACCUCACCCAUUAUCGUAUCAUCGGCAGAUGGGAGCCGGACGAUCCGAAUUUCAUCGAUCAGCGAAACUAUUGCGAGGAACCCAUGAUGCUGUCCGACAAGAAACCGAUCACGCUCGCCGAGGAGGAGAGGAAACGGAUGGAGGAGGAGAAGGAGCAGCAGAUGGUACCCGAAACCGGGACCUGCGAGUGCGCCGAUCGAGAGACCGAUCAAUCCCUGAGGGAGAAGGAGGCGUCGAGCGCGAUCGAUUUCGAGGACGCGUUGCACAACCAAGUGUACGUGAAACGUAAACCUAGGCGGAAACGGGACGUCUCGGAUAUAUUGUUCAGGAAAACGAAAUCGUUGGAUCAGCCGGUGAUGAACAAGAAGGUGAACGGUACGUACGUAAUAUUCGAGGAGAACGUGCCUAGCACGAAUCGUUCGUUCGUGAUGAAAGAUCUCCGCCACUUCGCCGCGUACAACAUCGAGGUGCAGGCGUGCAGGGCGCAGGAGAUGAACGACACGUACAAGAAAUGCUCGACCAAGAGUAUGAGGACGUAUCGCACGUUGCCGUUGGAGAGCGCCGACAACAUUCCCCCGAAUACGUUCAAGAUGAGCAUAUCCGGCGAGAACAACAGCCUGACCAUGGUCACGCUUCAAUGGGACGAGCCACCGCAGCCCAACGGUCUGAUCAUCACCUAUCAGAUCGAGUACAAGAGGGUCGACAUACAAAACGUGAACGUUAAAGAGCCUCUAACAUAA